UCCAAGGGGGCCAACUCAAAGUACUUUAUGGGCUCCCUGUCUCCAUUACGUUAACCAGUUAAGGGAGAGGUGAAGAGCUCUUCUUGAGUCUGUUGGACUUCGGUAGUAUUCAGCUCAAAAUAAUCCACAUGCCAAAGUGGCAAAUCCUGGGGCAGCCUGCCUUGAACCCCAUCGGUGGUUAAAAGGAAGAGCUCAGGAGUCCAAAAGACAGGUUUUACCCUAGAGUUUGGGCAAGACUUAAUUUCUCUGACCAUUUCGUCCUCUGUAAAAUGAGGUGGGUGUGGUGAAGAAGUAAGAAAAUGCAUGUAGGAGCAGAAACUUGGUGCUCUGUAAGUACUCACCGGAGCUGUAACUUAGUACAUGUUAGAAAGUGGUACUUGGACACAGUACUUCAAGAGGCAAAUGUGGUGUGGGAGUUGUCACUAAGUGACCAAAAGUCCCAUUCCACUGGGAGAUUCUCUGAUUUUUAUGCCCAGUUUCCCCUCUCAUUUUUGUAUAUGGCUGUUGUGUUUUUCUUUUUGUUAUGUCUUCUUGGGGAUUGAUAGUACUCAAACAGUCCGUGAAGUAGUCUCCUGUCUCUUUCCAUUGCUGUUCAGCGUAAUAGCUACCUUUUUGUUUGGACCGCAUUCCACACACUCUGCUAAGUACUUUACUUGCAUUGUUUUUAUUUAAUCCUCAUCACACCCUUUGAACAAGGCCCUUAUUAUCUGGGUGUUCAUUUUCCAUGUGUGCAUAGUCACAAGGCCCGGUAGGAAAGCAGAUGUCAUGCAAAACUCUUGCUAAUAAACCAGGCACUAAUAAAAUUAGUCACUACUGAAUAAUGUCCUGCUUAUUCCUACCGGUCCCAUUAGCAUCUUUGGCACUCAGUUUCUGGCCAAUCAAUAGAUGUCGUAAACAUCAGGAUAACACAAUGGAGAUAAAACUAAGUGCAAACUGAGAUUACACAUCUCCCAAGAGCUUAGGACUAGUGAAGUCUCUGAAAGUAAUGAGUGAGAAUUCCUUUCAUCACUCUCAGCCUGACACCUGUGAACAAGGGAAGAAGGGAAAUCAACAAGGCUGAUGAUGUGAUAGGAAUUUGACAAAGGAUAUGCAUAGUAAAGAAUUAAAUUAGGCCCUUGGGAAGCCUGAUAAAGCCCAGGAAUGUUUCCCUAAAACUGACCUUUCCGUAUUGUAAAAUUGAGACAGUAAAUUAAGUACCAUAGUGUUUGGGGAGAAUGCAUCAGGAAAAAAAAAACAAAACCCAACAGUUGACACUAUACAUGCAGGUGAAAUUUGUCUGUAUUCGGACUCAGUCAAACAGGAAGAGAACCUCAGAGGCGGACAUGUGCCCAGCGUACUUGCUUCUGCGAUAUAAUGAGAAGCUGGAUAGCCUGUUCAUCAGUGAACUCAACACCCAGCAUAUCCAUGUUGACUCCAAACCUGCAGGUCCUAGAGGAGACACCGCUGACAAAUCUCAAAAGACCGUGUGCCUGCAGAAACCCCAGCCUGAGAAGUCUGCGAUCAAGAAAGACCUUGACCUGGCCGAGAAGUCCCCCAUUGAACCAUCAUUUUGCUUAGAGAAGGCCCAAGCACCCUCAAAGCCAGAGCAGGAGGGCAUCACUCCUUCUGACCUGGCCAAGAUAGCAAAAGUGAUGAAGAACUUUCUUAAGGUGGAUGAGGGUUCCAUGGCCUCUCUCAGCGUGGGCAACAGCCAAGACCUGGACCGGCUCAGCUUCCAGAGCAGCAAGAUGAGCGAUCUGUUCAUCCGCUUCCCAGAGAAUCUCUUGCUACACCGGGUGGAGAAUGCCCAGGGCCACAUCCUUUAUGCUUUCUUAGUGGAGAACAAGGAACGAGAGGGUCGCGUGGUACACUUUGCUGUGCUUCAGGCUGAGACAGCUACCUCUGUGGCCAAGAUGCUGAGUAUCUUCACAGAGUUCAACUCCGAUUGGCCCAAGGUCAAGGUGGUGUUUGUGGACCCGUCCUUCCCUCACCGAGCCAUCCUGCAGGAGAUCUUCCCUGCUGUGCGUAUCCUCCUCUCCAUCUACCACACCACCCGGCUCCUGGAGAAGAAGUUGCAUCGGAGUUCAGCAAAUCCAUCCUUUAAAAGGCUCAUGAAGGAAGCCCUGCGGGAGGCCGUGUUUGUCACUUCUGACGCCAGCCUCCAAAAUCUCCGUCAGAUGUCCCAAGCGCUACUAGAUGAGCAGCUCUUCGGCUUCCUGCAGGCCCACUGGUUCUCCUGUGAACUGCUCUGGUACAUGCACGUGAGGAAAGGCCUGCACGCGUGUAACACGUAUAUGGACAGCCUAGACGUGGUCACCAGCAAGGUGUCCAGCCUCUUCCGGGAACAGCAGUCUCUGCCAGACUGCAUCCUCCGCUUUGUGGAUUAUAUAGACUUCUUUAAUACCAAAGGCUUGAAGAACUUGCCCACAGCUCCUCCCAAGUUAAAGAGAGCCCGGCCAGCCAGCGUACCACCAAAGCCCAAGAAGGCAUUCGGAGCCUGUUGGGGGAGCCUCACCAGGCUCGCUGUGGAAGAGCCCAAGCCAGGUGCACAGCGGGUGGAGCUGGAGCAGCAGCCACAGGUGCGGCCCUCCCAGGGCGGCAUGCUAGACGCCUUGCACGGCAGUGGCUCUCAACUGGCCUAUAAGCUGUGCCAGAAUGAGUGGGAGGUGGUACAGAACUCCACUCACCUGGUGGACCUGGCUGGCUCCUCGGUGGACAUUCAGCUACUAGAGGAUUCUCACCAGGUGAGCAAAGACGGCUGUAGCUGCAGCUGUUCCUUUCAACGCUGGUACCACCUGCCAUGCCGGCACAUUUUGGCCCUGCUGCACACCAGCCAGAAGCCUGUGGGAGAAGCCAUGGUGUGCCGCCGGUGGCAGAAGAGGUACCAGCACCUCCUUGGGCCCAGUGGGGAGCUCCGGGACCCCGUCAUGGUCCUAAGCACAGGCCAGCCUGGGAAAGAAGGACGGAGUGACAUGAUUCAGGACCUAAGUAGGGAGCUAGCAAACCUGCUCAUGCAGACCGAGGGGCCAGAGCUGGAGGAGCGCUGUUCCACCCUGCGCAAGAUCGUGGACAUCUGGGCGGACCCCUGCCAGCCACCUGAGCCCAGUCAGCAGCCAGAGGACUUCAAGGAUGUGGGCCACCUCCCUUUCCUCUGGGGAAAGCCAGAGGAAGGGGAGGGACUCCCUCUCGCUGGAGCCAUGAUUCACAACUGAAGCACUUGCACUGGCACAUUGGACCACAGACCCCUCUCCUUGGAAGUCUGGGAACUCAAGGCAGGCAGGACAUGCCAGGGGUCAGCAUUUUCACCAGUGUCUGCCUAGGUAGGGCUAAGAAGAUUGUUACAAGAGGGGGAAGAGGAACCCUACUGUGUGGCAGUCCUUUGACUCCACCUCUUUUCUGCCCUACCUUUGUCAUUCCUCCAGAGCCUCCUUCAGUGUCAAGGCCAAAGUUAUCUCCAUGCUGAAAGGUCACCCCUCUUUCUGCCCUGACUCCUGAGAUCAGAUAUUACUACCAUUAGAGAGAUGAACUCCUGCCCAGGAUUGGGUGAGACAAAAUAUACCUGGUAAAAGGACCUAUUUUCAGGGACAAAGGGACAGAGGGUGAUCCUUGACUGUUGCUGCUCUUUACAAAGAUUCUGUUAUUUGUACUUAUUUUUAUUCAUAUUAAAUAAAAGUUGUGGGUUUUUUUGUUUUU